CACCAGUUGUGAUGACAGAGUUCUUCUCCCUGUGUGGCAAGGUCGCCAGCACGGCAGCUUUCAGUUUAAUUUGGUACUACACAGCCGAGCUGUCCCCUACUCAGUACCGGUCAAUCAUUCUGGGUAUGGCCAGCAUGUGCAGCGUAUUUGGGAGCGUCUCAUCGCCUUACAUCAACGACCUCUUGGGCGAGGUGAAGGUGUGGUCGCCGUCAGCGUUGUUCGGCUCAGUGUCACUCCUGUCUACUGGUCUCGCCUUCUUCCUUCCCGAAACUGUAGAUAUAGAGUUACCUGAGAGUGUUGACUAUUUUGCCAAGAAACCUAAAACACCAUCUGACAACAGCACAGAAGGCAAUACAUUGCCAUCGGAGUCAUAAGUUAUGAGGUGAAAGAAGAUUAUUAGGGAUUGAAGAAAAGUGGAAUACUGGAAUACAGUAGAAGUAGAAAGAAUCUGGGCUCAACCAGAUCGCUUCAUCUUACAGUAUAUAUCUGUGUUCAGGAAUUCAUUUAUUCUGGGAGAAGUAUAGAAAAACAGGUGUUAAUUAAGGGAGUUGUAGCAUUGCAAAAGCCAAUAGGAAAAUUAACUUUUUAUGCAUGUUUGAAGUUAGAAUUCAGAAUGUAGCGAAAAGUGAAAACUAAAAAAAAAAUAAUUCGCACAAUUGGCAUUACGGAAUGUUUAGUCAAUUAAUCAGGGUGCGAGGGUAUGAGACCUUAAUCCUUCCGUUUUCUUGAUAUUAUGAUCUCCCUGCAGGGUUCUCGGUGGCCUAUUUGCGGUGUAUAAGGAAGUGUUUAAUCUCCAACCCGUGUAAAAGUGCUCACCAUACAUUGUAAUUCAGCAACUGUUCUCUUUUUAAAAUAUCCCCGCCUACACCUGACCUCACCCAGACGACCGCCACCACCCAGACCACCGCCACCACCCAGACCACCAACAAACCUCCCCCCCCCCGCCAACCACAGACAACCCAAAACAAAAUGGCAAUGCAUCCGACCACACGCCAAACAAAAAGGAAGAAUACCUCGCCUCUCUCACUCCCUAACCAGAAAAACAAACGAAUAGUCGUGAGAGACUUAUACCCUCACUGGCGGAAGAACCCGGAGAGCGACCCCGACGAGACCAAUAGCCCCACCCCCACCCCGAACACCCUUCACCUCCCUCACCCCCUAGUAUAAAGGGGGCUUUUUCUACUGUCACCAUUUGUAAAGGGGCAGAUUUCUUGUUAGUCUUUUCUUAUUAAUCUAUCCCCCUGCUGUUAACUUUUAACUCUUCAACCUUUUUUCUCUUAAUUUCUUACUUCAUUCAUUUUCUACAUUAGUUAUUUCAUUUCAUAUAGUUAAUUCAUAACCUCUGACCUUUGGUAGCAUGGCGAGGGUUUGGGCACAUGGGUUCUGUAAUUCUGGUAUCGAGAUAUGGACAAGAAUAAAGGUAGAUACUGAGGGAAAAUGAUAUCCCUAACGUGCUCUAAAAUUGGUUUAUAAAAAAUGAAAUUAAAUUUGGUUAAAGAUGUCAUAAACAUACAACUAAAAGGAUCAACUCCUUGGCUUUACUCAUCUCCAAUUCCAAGUAGAUACUCUCACUUCUUACAUAGUUACUGGUUGUACCUUUAAAAGAACACUCCACAUGACAUGCUUACAUAUGGCACCUUUACUAGAACUCAUUUGGUAGUACAUAUGAAUGGUGUACUCACAACCCUCAUAACACGCGUUAUUACUGGUAAUAUCAAUAUUUAUGGGUUCAAUACUCAACAUGGGACAACUAUACUUCUACUAGUUAUCCCCAAUCAUAUACAACAAUAAUGGUUAGGACUCAGUUGGUAGUACAUAUGAAUGAUGUACUUACAACCCACACACAAGCAUUAUUACAUAAGAACAUAAGAAAAUAAGGAGUCUGCAAUAGGCCGGUUGGCCUGUGCAUGGCAGCUCCUAUCGAG